UUUUGGACUGAAAAUCGUGCUUUGCAUGAAAAGCCAAAGCAUAUUUUGAUAUUUUGGUCCUGAGGAAAUUAUCAUGAUUGUAUGAGAGAGAGAGAGAGAGAGAGAGAGAGAGAGAACAUCCGUCAGUUUUCUACUAUCCAGCUGCACCAGCGGGACGACAACCGCCCCUGCUCAGAGCUCUGACGCUUUCUUUUCACGCACAGCAAUGAUGCUGACGCACAGAUGAACUUCUCUUUCCUCAACAGCUGCAACUUAACGUGGGGUAAAGUCGUUUUCUAUCCAACCCGAAACUUCACGCUCUCCUCUCUUUAAGCUUAAAACUUCAUUCCAAGUCUACCAGAGCCAUGUCCAGGAAGAAGGCAGCGAAGGGCAAAGUGAGCUCCAAGAGCCCAAAGGCGUCUCCGAGCAGCGGGCGGACAGCGAAAGGUCUCGUCGCCGCCGGCGCCCCGUCCUCGGCGCUGGUCUACCCGAGCAGACCGUCCAUCAGCAGUAGCGGCGAGUUUUACGACAUCGCUUUCAAGGUGAUGCUGGUGGGGGAUUCAGGUGUGGGAAAGACCUGUCUGCUGGUUCGUUUUAAGGAUGGAGCCUUUUUAGCUGGGAGUUUCAUCUCUACUGUUGGCAUCGAUUUCAGGAAUAAAGUCAUGAGCAUCGACAGUUUCAAGGUCAAAUUGCAGAUUUGGGACACAGCUGGUCAGGAGCGUUUCCGCAGCGUAACUCAUGCCUAUUACCGUGAUGCCAACGCUCUGCUGCUUCUGUAUGAUGUCAACAACAGAACAUCCUUUGACAACAUCAGGGCAUGGCUGACAGAAAUUCAUGAGUACACCCAGCAAGACGUGGUUGUCAUGCUGCUGGGCAACAAGGCUGACUCCACACAUGACAGGGUGGUGAAGCGAGAGGAAGGCGAAAAACUGGCAAAGGAGUUUGGAGUACCCUUCAUGGAGACCAGUGCUAAAUCGGGACUGAAUGUGGAGCUGGCCUUCACUGCUGUGGCCAAAGAGCUGAAGCACCGGACCAUGAAGGAACCUGACGAGCCAAAGUUUCAGCUACAGGAGUAUGUUGACAAAGAAAUGAGGGUUGCUGGGUGCUGCCGGUCCUAGACCACGUGCUGUGUGUUUAUCAUGUUUGUACUGAAGGCAAAUAAGGAUAUUAUUAUUAAACUACACAAUAAGCUAGAGUAUGUGUGUGCCUGGGAAUGACCCUGAAACACACUUACUGUCUUGGUGAUUACAAGGCCAACCUGCUCUCCCAUAACCCACCCAUCUGCUGCAACUGUGAAUGUAAAAUAACUCCUGUCCACAUGCAUGUCCACACACACGUUUCAGCUCAGUUCACUGCCUGCAGAAUUUAUGUUGCCAAGAUUUUCUUGUGUACAUAUUUUAAAAAUAAUUUAGAUUUAAAGUUUUGGGAGCGUUGUGGUUUGGUAAAGCAUUGAAACAGAAUUAGGUGUCAAUAAUGUUGGACAGUUUAACAAAUCAACCUUAGGAAAGCAAAAAAAUGAACUAAUCUCAUCAAAUUUAUGACAGUGAUGAUGCAGCUAAUGCAAGUUUCUAAAGUCACUCUGUUCUCUUGUAUAGUAUAUAAUGUGUUUUAUUAAUGUCUGUGAAACUUGAUCUGAGCAUCCGUCCUUAUAUAUGCUCUACAUUGCAGAUGUUAAGAUGUGAUACGUUUUAAGCACUAAAUAACAUUCAGUUUCUCUUAACAACACGAAAUAUAAAGAACCACAUCAUCAGCAAAAGACUGUACUCUGCACUUUAUCACAAAAACAUAGAGGAGUGGGUGUUUUUCCUGAGAUGUUUAAUUUAUUUAUGAUGAUUAAAAAUGCUAUCACAGUUUUUUUUAUGAUUGUGAAAUGCUCUACUUCAAAGUACAUAAAAUGGGUAUUCUGUGUAAAGGUUCACUCUAAUAAAAAUGUCUGAUUAAAAGCC